AUGGCGAUAACGCUUGAUGAUAUGUCCGAUCUAGGACCGCCAAUCUCGAACUGGACCGGCCGUUUCUACAUCGCCUUUACAGCAUUAGCAUUUGUCGUCGUGACAGCCUAUACAUCACGCCCACUCUCCCUGCGGAUACUAGUUACCGCAAUGGUAGCUUCCGACAUCUACCUACUCCUCACUAUGCCAGAUAUCAUGGGCCAUAUUCCUGGCUUCGAUCCACUGAUCGCAAACUUUAUUGUAGCAGAUCUGAUGCGAGUAGUCGAUCUAUACUUCCUACGGGACGAGUCUAGAGCUCUGAAGAAAAAGGAUGGUGGCGAUAGCAAGGGCGAUGUCAAAGGGCAGAAGAAAUUCAUCAAAAUGUCCGGAUUCCAAGCUUUCGACUACCUCAUAUUCAACCACCGCAAUAUCGGGACUCCAAUUCAAGCUAGAAACGUACCCAAAUUCGACCCUUCAAACCCCUCAUACACCCCUUCACGUGGCAAAUUCCUCCUACGGAAAUUCCUCACGAUCUUCCUCGCCUACGGACUAUUAGAUUUACUUACUUGUCAACCUGCACCUGAUGCAGCACUUUAUUCUCGCAGACAAGAAUUCUUUUUUACGAGGUUGAACGAGGUUACUUGGGAUGAAAUCUACUUCCGCAUAUUGACGAACUUGAAUCUAUGGGCUUCGACUUAUUUGCUUAUUCAAUAUGUAUAUGCAAUCGUCGCCUGUGUCUGUGUUGGUAGUGGGCUUUGGAAGCCGGCAGAUUUCCCACCCCUUGUAGGGUCAUUGGCUAAAGAUUACACGAUUCGCAACCAUUGGGGUCGUUUCUGGCACCAAGUAAUCCAGUACCCCCUAACAACAAACGGCGCCGCGCUCACCAAGGCUAUCCUUCCCCGUUCUCUACAACGCGGUUUCAUUAGCCGCUACACUAAAAUCUUCUUCGUCUUCACUCUCUCAGGCGUUUCCCACGCCGUUUCUCCCUUAGGAUCCACAAAGGGAUCCCAACAAAUCCGCGGCACGAUAUUCUUCUUCCCUGCCCAAGUGAUGGGGAUCAUGGUUGAGGAUUUUGUGAUAGCUGCUUAUAAUAAGGUGAGUGGGAGAGAUGGAAAGUCCGAGACGCCAUGGUGGGCCAAGUUGGUUGGUCGGGUUUGGGUUAUGGCUUGGAUGUGUUGGUGUUGUCCCAUCUGGGUUUAUCCUACGUUGAGGCGAGGGGGAGAGGGGAUGGUGCCGUACAGUUUUAUUAGAAAUACGAGGAAUCUUAAGGAAGUUUGGGAGUUUUAG